UCACAGCAAUACUAGGACCCCCUUUGUUCUGGAUUUUGUUUGAGGUGGCAUCUGUGUAUGUAUAUAAGCACUGAGUGUUGGUUCUGGAAUGCUCUUAGCUCUUCAUGCCUUCUUGUGGUUGGGCCCGUAUCAUCCUUUUCCAUAUUCCUCGAGCUUCCAAGCUGUUUGCAUUCAUACCAUUCAUCCAUUGCCUUCUCUGUGAUUUGUAGCUAGGACGUCAAGCCUAUCAUUAUUGAAGUUCUGCAUGUUUCUGGCUUUCCAUAUAUAUUUGUCACAGAAAAUUUGCUAUGGCUUCGGUAUGACGCAGUCCAUCUGCGCUCCUUCUAGCUUCCUGUAAAGCUUCCGACCAAUUCCGGAAUUUCCACUUGUGUUCCUUCAGUCCGUCCUCCCAUUUGAUUGGAAAUGUCCUCUCUCGCUUUACAAUGAAACAGUAGGUGCUCUAAGGUCCCAAACUUGACGCCAAGGCUUCGAAUUCGAUUCCUCUUUCCUGGUGCUGGUGCUACCAUUCUUCUGGUAGAAUUUCUUAAAGAAACCCAUGUGGCAGCUCGUAAUUGGCAUACGUGACACAGCAAAAGUCUUGUAUUACAAUUUAAGUGUGAUGCAAAGUUUGGUAUAAAAGGAAGCAACUUUGGGCAGCUGCUCGGAAACUUGCUGAUGAUAAGAAUCGAACCGUUGGGGUGCGAGUUGGAAAAGAACAUUUUCGCCUUUAAGAACACCUCGCAAGUUUCAGUAAAGAAAGCAAGGAAGGAAGAUAAUGUGAUUGUGAUGGGCAAUAUUAUGUUCUUCCCAAAAUUUAGCAAAAAGAGUAUCCGUAGUAGUAAUAGUAGGGGUGUUUCUGGUUCCAUCUCUUCUGCCGACAGUAGCAGCGAGCUAAGACACAGAGGAUCAGAACCACCACCAAUAAUCACAAGAAGAGGACUACCACCACCAGCACCAACUGCUCGUAACCGGCCCUUUUCUUCUUCAUCUUCAUCUUUCUCCUCAACUUCUUCUUCCCACCUACCACGGCCCACUUCAAUUAAUAUUGGUACCAAAGUUUCUAUGGACAGUAGUAGUGGCAGUAACAGCAGCACCAUUAAAAGCAGCAAGAAGUAUGAGUACAUCCCAGAUAAUUUCUCAUCUCUUGAUCAGGUCACAGAAGCUUUGAAAGAAUCAGGUCUAGAGUCAUCCAAUUUGAUUCUCGGGAUAGAUUUCACUAAAAGCAAUGAAUGGACAGGUAAAGUUUCAUUCAACAAUCGAAGCCUACAUGCCAUUGGUGAUGCACCUAAUCCAUAUGAGAAAGCCAUAUCUAUCAUUGGAAAGACUUUGGCUCCCUUUGAUGAAGACAACUUAAUACCAUGUUUUGGUUUUGGUGAUGUUACCACACAUGAUCAAGAAGUCUUUAGCUUUCACAGUGAUCAUUCUCCUUGCCAUGGCUUUGAAGAAGUUUUAGCCUGCUAUAAGAGAAUAACUCCCAACCUGCAAUUAUCUGGGCCAACAUCCUAUGGACCAGUAGUAGAUGCUGCAGUAGACAUAGUAGAGAGGAGUGGUGGACAGUAUCAUGUUUUGGUUAUAAUAGCAGACGGCCAGGUUACAAGAAGUGUUAAUACAAGUGAUGUAGAACUCAGCCCACAAGAAGCGAAAACCAUCAAGUCAAUAGUCAAUGCUAGUUUGUAUCCACUGUCAAUUAUUCUUGUUGGAGUUGGUGAUGGACCUUGGGAGGACAUGAAAAAGUUUGAUGACAAGCUCCCAGCUCGUGAAUUCGAUAAUUUUCAGUUUGUCAAUUUUACUGCUAUUAUGAGCAAGGACCAAAGUGCUUCUGAAAAAGAAACUGCAUUUGCUCUUGCUGCCCUGAUGGAGAUCCCAAUCCAAUAUAAGGCAGCCAGAGAACUUGGCCUUCUGGGUCGCGUGACAGGUAGAGCAAAGAAAAUAGUUCCACGUCCCCCGCCAGUUCCUUAUGCUCGUCGUACAACAUUUGAGUCGAGAGAACAAAGCAAUCUUUCAGCUUCUCUUCCAGAUGAAAGAAGUCAGGACUGUCCGGUUUGCUUAACAAAUGGGAAGAAUCUGGCCUUUGGCUGUGGACAUAUGACUUGCAGAGACUGCGGAUCAAGGGUAUCAAACUGUCCAAUUUGUCGCCUGCCAAUAACCAGUCGUCUCAGGCUUUAUACUUGAUGUUGUAGCUGGUGCAACUACCUAACAGGAUAUGUACUCCAUUUGCUGUUAUCUUAUUUGCUUUCCAUGGUCUGCCAAGAUAUCAAGUUCUGAAACGGGGUUUCCUAUUCUGUAAAUAUUAUGAAGUGCAAAGCACUCAGUAAACGUGUUGUAUAUUGGUAGUAAUCUGUUGCAUGUAAUUUACUGCUUCUGUAAUAUGUAAUCUCUGAGAGAGACUGAUAUUUGUACAAGUUAAAUCCAUCAACAUUGGUAUGUUUAUGAGGAUCUAGAGAACUUCAGUCUCUCU